GUGAUCUCUUGUGAUGAUAGUUGUGAGUUAUAAUAAGUACUUCGUAGUAACUUCUUUUAUUUAAACUAGAAAUAAGACAAAAAUAUGCCAGAACAAACAAAAAUUAUGGGUAAACAAUUAAAAUGGGGGAUAGCAGGAGUGGGUAUGAUCACUCACGACUUCCUGACAGCAAUGGCAUCCUUGCCGGCUGAACAACACAAGGUCGUUGCCAUCGCCGGCAAAGACCUAGAUCGUGUUCACAGAUUGGCCACGCUCCACAAUAUCGACACGGCCUAUGAAGGUUACGAAGCCAUUGCAGGCGACGCCGACGUUGACAUAGUUUUCGUCAGCGUUCUUAAUUUACAGCAUUUCGAUGUAGCAAAAAUAAUGUUAGAGAACGGUAAACAUGUAUUGUGUGAAAAACCUAUGGGUAUGUCAUACAAACAGACAAAAUGUCUGGUGGACUUGGCGCGCGAAAAAAAACUUUUUCUACUCGAAGGGAUGUGGUCGAGGUUCUUUCCUGCUUACGAUGCUUUAGACAAGCACAUUGCAAGUGGUGGUCUUGGAGACAUAUAUCAUAUAAACAUACAGUUUGGGGUUGAAAUUAACGACAUUGAGAGGAACUUAAUGAAAGAUUUAGGCGGCGGCGUGGUGCUGGACUUGGGUAUUUACAUGUUACAACUUUUGCAAUUCGUGUACAAGGAGCCCCCAGCGGACAUCAUGUGCACGGGACACUUGAGUAAGACCGGCGUCGACGAGUCUAUAUCGUGUGCCUUAAAGUACAAAGACGGAAAGACUGCGACUAUAGCGGCUCAUACACGAGCGACGAUGGCCAACAGAGCUGAGCUUACGGGAACCAAGGGAACAAUUUUGUUGGACUACUUCUGGUGCCCGACUAUUCUUCACAUAUCAGCGGCCAACAUUACGGAAUGGACUUUACCGAAAGGCAAAUAUAAAUUCCACUUUCAUAACAGUGCGGGUCUGAGCUAUGAAAUACAGGAAUGCUGGGAUUGUAUCAGCCAAGGUUUGCUAGAAAGUCCGAAAAUGAAUUUAGACGAGAGUAUCCUUCUAUCAAAGCUGAGUGACACAAUGAGGGCGCAAUUGGGAGUACUCGAUAAUGCACUUUAGUAUAUUGAAAUAAAGUUCAAAUUAAAUAAAUGCCAGUAUAGUAUAAAUUUAGGAUAGACUCGGUGGAUACGAUGUGAUUGAGAGAACAGAUAUAGAAAUUUAAAUUCCAUAAAUCAUGUUUACCGUACAAGUACAGUAUUUACCUCAACAAACUGUGAUUCAAGUGUGUUGUGACACGUAUUAUAAUGUUAUAUAUUAUAAAAAUAUACGCUAAUUUAUUGUA